AUGUCGUCACCACUUGUUCCUCAUCAUGAAAGUUUUGAUGAGGAGAACAAGCCUUCCAAUGAUAUUUUACAACCAAUGACAGAAGAAAAUUCUCACAUUCUAACCAACAAAACCGAAGCUAAUCAUCAUUCUUCUCACGAUAAUCAUCAACAUCCUGUAAAUAUUCACCUCAUCAAAACUUGUGCUGCUUCCGAUGGUACUGAGGUGGAAAGCGAAACCUUGAAUAAUAAUUUGAAUAUUCAACAGUAUGAUACUAGUGUCGACACUAGUAUGGAGGGUGAGAUGGCCUCAUCAUCCUCUCAUUUCAAUACUACCACCAGUGCAUCAAUCGAAAUUCAUCACGCUAAUAAUGAAAAAAUUAAUUUAUUUGAAACUGAAUUGAAUUUUCAUUCGGAAGCAGAAAAUGGUACAAAUUCUAUAGCAGUGUCAACAAAUCAAGUAGCUGCAGAGCCCAAAAACAAUAUAGAAUCCGAUAAGAAAGAAGAAGAGGAGGAAGAAGAGGAAGAAGAAGAGAUUUCAACAAAACCAAUACCACUCAAUUCAAAAAUUUCUCACACAAAGAGUGAAGGUCAUUUAGAUGCUUUUCUGUUGGCACGGAGAUCACCAAAUCGUAGUACUGUUACUGAACCUCAAACACCUACACUUCUCAAACAACGUAUUAUGCAAAAAUAUAAGCAACAUAUUCAACAACAAUCCAGUUUUACCACCGAUACAGAUACAGAUGACGAUUUAGUUUUAACGAGCAUGUCACAAAACAAAUAUUUUCGAUUAUUUUCUCUAAUGAUUGCAAAAUUCUUUAGAAUUCAAUCUCGUGUGAUAGCUCCUAGUGGAGGUUUACCACAGAAUAUAGAAACCAUACGGAAGCAAGAAAAAGCUAACAGAAUAAUUCUCAGAGACAUGUUAACCAUGUUUAUUAGCGGAUUUUCAGUGUUUGGAAUUUUUGCCAUUGUCUGGUAUAACAUUUAUUUCAAUACUGAUUUUUUAAAGACCAUUUUGGAAGGCAGAGAUUCAUUAGUAGAAAGGUUUUAUUUUUGUAUCAAGUGUAUAUUCGUCAGUGCAUUGAUUUUCCCUUUAAUAUUUGUGGCCAUUGUGCGAAAUCGAUUGUUUGAAGAAGCCAGUAAUCCACUAUUGACGAAUCUUAUCAACAAAGAGCAUCAGCUGAAACUUGUCAUUCUGCAACGAAUAUUCCAAAAUUCCAUUGAACAGUUUUUAAUGCAUUCGAUGAGCUGUGCAAUGUUGAGUUAUUAUUUACCCAGAGAAGACCUCAGAAUUUUAGUGUUUGCCACUGUCACUUUCCUAUUUUGCAGAUUACUCUUUUGGAUUGGAUAUUCCAUACAUCAUUCAUUGCGUGCUCUCGGUAUUGUCACAGGAGCUUUUUUCAACAUAUUGUUGCUCGUACUGUCUUGCUACUACAUAUCAACGCAAGACAUUCUGCCAUUUAUUAUUAAUGACAUGCUCUUGCCUAUUUUUGUUAUAUUUUCAGCAUAG